UCCUUCAUUAAAGAUAAAGUACUUGCUUUAAUUACGAGUGUCUUCAACGACUUUUCAUUAUUAAUAUUGACGGAGAAUCAUGUUAGAUCAAUGAAUAAUUUAACCUAUAGAACUCUAGCUUAAAAUAGCAUUUUAUCCUUGUCGUAUUUAAAGAUGAAAGAUAUUCGAGACAGCAUUUCCAGAGCAUCCUGUCGUUUCUCCGUGACGAGUUCUAGUCAAUCACAAAAUGCGGGCGAACGAGCCAAGCCUAAAUUUCACCGUAAAACUGGGUCAGUCUAAAGUACCCGUUAACCGGCCAGUCAAGUUUCAAUCGUCCAGCAAGAAAGCACAUCUCGAGAUGUCCUCUCAUUUCAUUUGAACGUCAGACAAGAUCAAGAACGCAAAAUGAGAGCCGCCUGCUGGCUGCUGCUAAUCACCGUCCUCGCGCAAUCGUGCUCGCGCCUAGAAUCGAGGGCCAACGAGGGUUUUGCGAUAGGAGGAAACGUUAGCAGUGAGCUCGAGGAUUCCCCGAGAUCGCGGGAGGAUCUGGAGCAAUUGAAGAAGCUGUUGAGGCAGAAUUCGAAUUCUUCGGCAUCGGAAAACGGCACGGUGACCGCGACCAAACAGGGACCUUGUCAGUGUAGCGGCGGGAUCUGCGGAUGCUGUUCAAGAAUCCUGUACGACACAUGGAAGCAAAAGGCCUGCGUGAACAUCACGUACGAUCCUGACGAAUUCAGCUUCACCGCCAAUAUCAUGAUGAACGACAGAGUCCUUUAUACAAGGACUGUUUCCGGAAAGAAUCCUAGGCCGAUUUGUGUUCCUGUUCCGCGGCUACCGAUCAGAGCGUGCGUCAAAUUUUAUAAUAUAUAUUUCCAAGGCAGAAACAUUCAUCUGUGUCUCAAUAUGGAAGGAAAGUUCCAGGAUACUACACUGUUUAAGGUUAGUUUAGACUGUCUUAGAUUCGGUUCGAACGGAUUAGCUCUGUUAAAGCCAGAGGACGGAGGUGGUUUGGGCCAAGUAGAAUUUUUUCCGGAAGAUUCGGACGACAAUGAUGAUUACGAUGACGAGGACGACGACGACGACGACGACGACGACGACGAUGAUAUAUUUUAA